AUGGUUAAGAAGACUACCAAGUUGGCUGUCAAUGUUGAAUAUGAAAAACUGCCUCAUCCAGGCCCGAAGAAAGUCACAUAUUUUAUGCCAAAGCCCGUGCCAAAAUGGAAAGCAAGAACAGAUUUAAACAAAAAAGGCGAUCAAUUAAACGUUGUUGCCUCAUCUUUUGGUCUGUCAAUCAAGGAGAAGCAGAAUAUUCCAAUUGACGUUGAAGGUUCUACUCAAAAUGUGGAGGAUCCUGUCACUCUCCUUACAUCAUCAUCAACGAAAGAUACAAUCUCAAUACCCCCAUCUGAGCCAGACAUGGGAAUUGCUGUUGAAAAAAUUAAUUCACCCUCUUUGGAAGCGCAAAAGGAGUGUUAA